AUGGCCUCCUCACAUCCACCGUCGCGAUGGCGAACAGCCUUGCUCGGCGGCCUCAUCGCCACCGUAUCAUGGCUGCCCAGCAUAAUGGCAGCAGAAAAGACACAGGCUGACUACUUUGUGCGCAAACUCCCGGGUGCGCCAGAGCCGCUAUUGAAGAUGCACGCAGGGCACAUUGAAGUAGACCCGCAAAACAACGGACACCUCUUCUUCUGGCACUACGAGAACCGCCACAUCUCCGACAAGCAACGCACAGUACUAUGGCUGAACGGCGGCCCCGGCUGUUCCUCCCUGGACGGCGCUCUGAUGGAAGUCGGUCCCUACAGAGUCCGCGAGGGCGGCCAGCUCGAAUACAACAAUGGCUCUUGGGACGAGUUUGCCAACCUGCUAUUCGUAGACCAGCCCGUAGGCACAGGCUUCAGCUACGUGAACACGGAUAGCUACCUCAGCGAACUCGACCAAAUGGCGGAACAUAUGAUUACCUUCCUCGACAAAUUCUUCACCCUUUUCCCCGAAUACGAGAACGAUGAUUUAUACAUUGCCGGUGAAUCGUAUGCCGGACAGCACAUUCCUUAUAUUGCCCGCGCCAUCCUCAAGCGAAACAAGAUCAACGCCGCCAAAAACCCAUGGCCACUCAAGGGUCUCUUGAUUGGAAAUGGCUGGAUUUCGCCAGUUGACCAAUACCUCUCAUACAUCCCUUUUGCCUACCAGAAUGGCCUCAUGCAGAGCGGCACAGAUUCAGCCAAGCGCAUCGAAAGCCAGCUGAAAAUCUGCACGGAACAACUCAGUGAUGGUGGCAUGGACAGAGUGGAUACACCAGAGUGUGAGCAAAUCAUGGUCAGGAUUCUGGAAGAGACCAAGAACACAAAGGCAGAUGAGAUGAACCAGUGCAUCAACAUGUACGACAUUCGCCUGCGCGACGACUCAUCUUGUGGAAUGAACUGGCCUCCGGAUCUUUACCAGGUUACCCCCUAUCUCCGCCGACCUGAUGUCAUCCAAGCACUUCACAUUAACCCCGAUAAAAAGACGGGCUGGCAGGAGUGCAACGGUGCUGUCUCUGGCCACUUCCGUGCUAGGAAGAGUGAUCCCUCUGUCAAGUUCCUGCCUGAGAUUAUUGAGCAGGUGCCCGUUCUGCUGUUUUCGGGUGACAAGGAUUUGAUCUGCAACCAUGUCGGCACCGAGGCUAUGAUUCAGAACCUCAAGUGGAACGGCGGAAAGGGCUUUGAGGCUUCUCCGGGCGUUCAGAACGCCAAGUCAGAUUGGAUGUUCGAAGGAGAGCCCGCCGGAACCUGGCAGGAGGCGCGCAACCUAACCUACGUCGUCUUCUACAACUCAAGUCACAUGGUGCCAUUCGACUACCCACGACGCACUCGAGACAUGCUUGAUCGCUUCAUGGGCGUCAACAUUGAACAAAUUGGCGGUGCUCCUGCCAACAGCCUCAUCAAUGGUGAAAAGGGACCCCUGACGAGCGUCGGUGAUCAUCCCAACUCCACAAAGGCCGAAGAAGACAAGAGCAAGGAGCUCAAAGCAGCAGAAUGGAAAGCCUACAAGCGCUCGGGAGAGACUGCCCUUGUUGUCACUGUCAUUGUCGCAUGUCUCUGCGCAUUCUUCCUCUGGCGCAGUCGUCGCAAGAACGCUGAAUAUAAAGGUGUUGAUGGCAGUGACGAAGGCCGCGAGUCCCUGCUUACCGGCAUGGGCCUCGACAACUUCCGACGACGAGACCGGAGCCGUGAUGUUGAGGCGGCGGACUUUGACGAGAACGAACUCGACGAUCUGAAUGGCGCGAAGAAGAAUAAGCUUUCAGGUAAUGGCUAUGCUUCUGAGAAGGGUCGCAGACCUACCAACGACUCGUCCUUCUCCUUGGGCGCUGAUAGCGAUGACGACGAUGAGGCGGGUUCCAGCGAUGCUGGCAGGAGAAAAGAGGCGUCUCGUUGAGUCAAUUGCAAGGGAGCAGGUGUGCUCAGUAUAUGUGUUGCUGCAGGGACGUAAAAUAGACUUUUUGUGCUCCUUAGCAAAUGCUGCAUUAUAGGCGUUUUGGUUUUACCGUAUAGUUGAGCUUAUGGAGGUAUAUAUACGCCUUGGCAAUGUAUUUCAGGGUAUCUUUACAUGUACCACAAGUAAACAAUUUUUUU